CACAUUCUGUGGUGCCUGUGAAGGAACAUGAAAUGAGUCUGUAGGACCACCAGUGUUCAAAGCGUGUGCAAGUCUUUGCAAGCUGGCUAUACUUCUCCACUUUUGUCUGGAAGCACCUCUGCAGUAUAGCCCACCAACCAGCCCUGGUAAAGGAUGAUAGGAGAGAAGCUGUUAUUGCCCAUCAUAAUAAUGUCUGUGCUGCAUUUUUCAUACGGACAGCACAUGACAGAGGAGUCCUGCACUAUUCAGCUCCUUAUCCCUGGCCUCAAAGGAGAACCAGGGGAAAAAGGUCAGAAAGGAGCACCGGGAAGACCAGGAAGACUUGGCCCUUCCGGAGAGACUGGUCAAACUGGAAUUAAAGGUCAGAAAGGCUUAAUGGGGCGAUAUGGAAAAGUGGGCCCAAGUGGAAUGAAAGGGGUAAAGGGAGACAUGGGGGAUCCAGGCUCAAAGGGCCCCAAUGGAGAACCAGGUGUUCCGUGUGAGUGCACUCCAAUGAGGAAAAUGAUUGGAGAGAUGGAUAUUGUCGUGGCUCAGCUCUCCUCUGAACUGAAAUUCAUCAAAAAUGCACUGCCCUCCCCUGCAGCUGUUGCUGGCAUAAAAGAGACAGACAGUAAGGUCUAUCUGUUGGUGAAGGAGGAGAAACGCUACUCCGACGCGGAGGUCUAUUGUCAGACGAGGGGAGGGCACCUGGCUAUGCCCAAAGACGAGGGCUCCAACGCGGCCAUCGCAGGUUACAUAACCGAAGCGGGCCUGAACAGAGUCUACAUUGGCAUCAAUGACCUGCACCACGAGGGUGUUUUCACCUACGUGGAUCUCUCUGUCAUGACCACUUUCAGCAGAUGGAGAAAGGGAGAGCCCAACAAUGCCUUCGAUGAUGAGGACUGUGCUGAGAUGGUGGCCUCUGGGGAGUGGACAGAUGUGGCGUGCCACCCGACCAUGUAUUUUGUUUGUGAAUUUGACAAGGAGAGUGCCUGAGUUCAGUCUGCACAUGAUGAAGCAAAGGUUGGAUUGAAAGGUGUACAUAGAACGAGAGAAUGUCAUGCAAGUUGAGAAAACUAUAUUUUGUACUUCCUUUUUACUUUUCUUUUUCUUAACUAAACAUGGCAUGCAUUCUUUUUAUGAGAAUCUACUCAUUUUAAGUGCACCCUCAAUCUCAUAGACUCCUUCGUGUUUCAAACAGUGUGCACAGUAAUGUAUUCAGUUUUUAUGUAAUGCAAACUAUCCAAUGAGCGAUAUUUGCAAACAGGACCAUUAAUAAACAAGACACAUAAGAAAAUGUAUAAGUCUGUAGUUUGGGCAUAAUAUAUGAAAUUAAAGAUGUCUGUGUGCUGUUAAUCCUAAAUAGGAAAACAAUAUUCAUUCUAUAUUCAUAUUCUUAUUAUAAGUUAUAUGUUGAUCAUCUUAGAAAAAAAUAACAUGUCUGGGCAUGUUCCUCCCCUGAGCUGGCUACAUUUAUCUGCAGCAGCUGAACCAAACCCAGCGGGGCAAGACUCCACCCAGUGGACAAAGAUAGUACUGCAGUGUAACAAACUGUCACACUGAGAUCUAACAUGAGAGUGUCCCAGUAAACCAUGACAGCGUGAACCAGUCUGAAGCAGCAACACAUUCAGCCGUUAAUCAGCUUUAUUAUUUACACGUGUGUUUUUCUUACUGUAAAAUAUAUUUUGUAAAAACAGAUGCUCCUGUUUAAAAGAUGUAUACACAUUGUGCACGCUAAACAUUUAACUUGAUUAUUAUUUGUUACGGGAUGUUUAUUUUCACUAAUUGUUGGAGAUUAUUUGAUAUUCAUAUUUUUGGGGAAAUCCACUAAGAAAUGUAUAAAAAUCUGAUGAUGUGGACGAAACACAUUAUACAGAGUUAAAUUAAAAUGGAAAUAUUUGCUGUGUAGGCCUAUUUACUUUGUAAAAAUAAUGCAUUCUCUAAACGCAAAUAAGUUUAAAAUAAUAAUAAACAAAUUACCAAAAAUA